CACCAGGUAGCGUGGUACUUUUCACCGGUCUGUUGGACAUGUAGUUAGAUUAGAUUGGUAUCUACCUUACUAUUGUCCUGUUGUCCACGUUUAUAUACACAAACAGUGCUUAACUGUGUUUGGAUAGCUAGAGUAGCACAAGGACUAACUACUGUGUGAAGAUAAACCCCACUUGAGGACAGCAGGGAUGGCUCUGGAGCAGUUCAGUGAUGUGGUCCAGAGAUGUCAAGCCCUCCCUGACGACAGCUACACCAGCGAGGAUCAUGACGUCUUCACGAUUGCUGGGCGGACCUGCAUCGAGGAGGGCGACAGCGCACAGGUCCUCAGUAUUGUCCUGGAUGAAAAGAAUCAGGACAUAGUGAGAUGCAUGGGUUGGAAUCUGCUGCCUCCCCUGAUUCAGGUUCUGCUGAAGAAAGAAGACAAGAACCUUUCUCAAUGCCUGGCCGUUUUCAACCACCUGCUACAGACCUGCCGACCCAAAGAGCUGCUCAUUGGCCUGUUGGAGCAGCUGGAGCAGGAUGACCCUGACACCAUAGCAGAGAGAAUCCAUCUGCUGUUGAACCCUCUACAGAAAGUGCUGCUGUGUCUGGGCAGCCGUAAGGCGUCGUCAUUGGGCAUGACCCUGUCCUCUGUGCUGGACCAGGUGGCCAAACUGCCUCUACCUCACACCAAGGAGCAAGAGGAGGAUGACGUCUUCUCGCUUUGUCACUGCUGCACCGAUCUGUCAGACUUUGUCAGACCCUUUGUCCACGAGGCCAGGCAAAGCCUCCUGAACAGUAAGGCACAAAAUGAGAGCACAAAGAAGAUGGCGGGUGAACAGGACAGGGGUAAAGAGGACGAGCUGCGGACAGAACUGCUAAAGUUCUGUAUGAAGACUCUGAGUCGCCCUCUGCUGGAGGUACAACUCAAGGAUCCUGACACUUUGGCUGAGUCUCCCCUCAGGAAUUUUGCCACAGAGAUUUUGAACACCCUCAGUGCUAUCGGAGAGUCCCUCCCCAGUCUUGUGUACCAGCGUCUGUUGAAGAGAAAACAGGUUCCAGGCUUUCUGGAGGAGGAGGUGCGUUAUCCUAAAGAGUCUUUGGCCAGCCUGGCUCACCUAGUGUUUGUCCAUCAGCUGGCCGCAGAUACAUUCCCCAGUGUCUUCAGUCCUGUGUUCUGUCUGCGGUGUAAUAUGGAGCACGUUUGCCUCCUCUUGUCCAGAACUGAGGAGUCCAGGAUUCAGAAAGGACUGGAGCUGUAUGAGAAGAGUCUGGUGCGGGUGGAGGAUGGCAGUCUGCCUGCAGAUCUGCUGGAGAUCAAAACCUUCCUCACAGUCCCUCAGAACUUGGUGAAGGUCAUGACGAUAUGUCCAAGGCAUGAUUUGAGAACCAGAGGUCUGAAGGUGUUCCAGCUCAGCAUUGAUAAGUUUGACACUGAAGCCAAGUACAAGUUUUUCCAGUACAUGCUGAAAACCAGUAAUCACUCAGGAGUUGAAGGCUACGUCAUCAAAAACAUCAAGAAUCAGAUAGACGUUGCCCUGCAGCCGGGUAACAGUAACACCUGGUUUGAGGGAGUUCACCUGCUGCCUUUGCUGCGUAAAGUUCUCAGUCUGCCAGACGGCCCAGAGACCGACCUCCUGCAGUACCUGGACAGAAUUAUGGAGUCUCUGAACCUGCUGCGUUACCUCGUCAUCAGAGACAAAGUGACGGAGAACCAGACAGGGAUCUGGACUGAGCUGUAUAAAAUCGAAGAUACGUUCAUAAAGCCGCUACGUGUUGGGGUGAACAUGUCGAGAGCUCACUACGAGAGGGAGCUCCACAGCACCAUGGAGACCAAGAGGAGCAAGGCCAAAGAGGAGUCGGUGCUUUCUGUGUCGGUUGGUGACGAGAAGCUGCCGAACAUGACAUCAGAGUCACAGAUUCAGGCUCUGCACUCAGCCCUGCACACGUUUGACAUGAUCGAGAGCGUGUUGGUGCGAAUAGAGGAACUCAUCGAGGUGAAGGACAAUCUUUAGACGGAGCCCAGGAGUUCUACUACCAGAGAUCCUCAUCGUCUCAGGGCUCUAGCAAAAAAAAAAAAAACCAAAACCAAAACAAAAACUUCAACUUUUCUGUUGAUGUAUUUUAUUAAAAAAAAAUAAAAAGAGCAGCAUCAGUCAUGGAUGCAUUAUUUCAAAUAAUUAGCAAA